UGUCGUUCUUCUGCUCGAGAUGCGGACGGUGGCUAGCCUGACCGACGACCUCCUCGUCGAAAUCCUCUCCCGUCUCCCCGUCAAGUCGCUCCGCCGCUGCAUGUGCGUCUCCAGGACCUGGCGGGGCAUCAUCUCGCACCCGCACAACCAAAGGCAGCUGCCGCAGACCCUCGAGGGUUUCUUCUACAUGCCCCGCAGCGAGCCGGCGCCAGCUCCCAGUUUCACCAACGUCACCGGGACAGGCCGCCCUCUGGUCUCUCCUCUCUUUGAUUUCCUGCCGCAGCACCAGAGCAUCUUCCUGCUGUCCUGCUGCAACGGCCUCCUCCUCUGCCGCUGCUGGGAAGGCCAGGACGACUUCCAUUACGUCGUGUGCAAUCCAGCCACGGAGGAGUGGGUCCGGUUGCCCGACUCGAUCAAUGCCGGCACCGAGUGCAUGGCACGUCUGGGUUUUGACCCAGCCGUGUCGGAUCACUUCCAUGUGUUUGAGUUCUCCGAGGAUCACGACAUCAGCCAGCCCGGAAUGGAGGUGUAUUCCUCUGAAACAGGGGAAUGGGUUCACAAGGAGAACGGAUGGAUUGAUACAGAAGAUGAUGAAGCAUUUGUUUCCCUUGUUGGUCAUCACUCGGGAGAUGUGUUUCUUAACGGCUGUCUGCAUUUUCUCACCAUGGAUGAUGAUAUAGCCGUGGUGGACACCGAGGGGAAAACAUGGAGGAAGAUACCUAUCCCUGAACUUUGCACUGUUGGUCUCAUUCAGAAAUCUCAGGGUUCUUUGCAUUUUGUCAGUUUUCUGGAAACUGAUGAACGUAUGGUUGAACUGGUGGUUUAUGUUCUUGAGAACUACCUCAGUCAAGAAUGGAUAUUGAAGCAUAGCACCGACGCUUCAUAUAUAUUUGGGGAGAGAGAGAUUGAUCUUAUACAGGGUUUUCAGUGGGCUGCAAUGCAUCCAGACUGUAACAUCAUCUUCUUAACUGUGGGGUGGGAUAAUACAUUGGUCUCUUAUGAUAUGGAUCAUCACAAAAUUCAAGAGAUCUGUGAUCUUGGAGGAGACGACAAUCUGCGAUAUCUGCCAUAUGUGCCAUUGUACUCUGAGUUACAAACUCUGCACGCAUGACAUAAAAAUUGAGGAGGCGGGAGGUGAGGAGCAAUGGUGGUGGCCUUGAUGUGGCUAUCGGAGAGCAUGGAGAUGUCAUGUGCCCAAGGUGACCAGGGAGGGGCAUAUGAAGGAAUCAUAUAACAAGGCUUCCGUGAAUAGCCACGUCGGUGAAGAUCGCCUGUCAUGACCUGGCUAGUUUAAGCUGAACUUUGUGCUAGAAAUUCAGAGUUUUUUCAGAGCAAUUCUACUUGAAAGAGAAAUGAAAUGGUGAAAAGUAAACUGAAAAAGAAAGUGUCGUUGUCGGAUGUUGAACAACGACGCAUGUCAGUCUGGGAGACGUCUGAUCCAUGAUCAACGGCUGAGUCAGCCUGAUGGAUCGAACUUAGUAAACUCCACUUGAAUAUACUUAGGGCCUCUUCGAUUCAUAGGAUUCUAAAAUGCGGGAAUAGGAAAAACAUAGGAUUGAAAUGUCAUACUCAUUUCAAUCCUAUAGAAUUUUGGGUUGUUUGAUUGCAAUCAUAUAAAAAACAAAGGAUUCUUUCAAAGAGGUUUGAGUGGAUACUAGAAAUCCUAUGUGAAGUAGUACAAAGAAAUCCUUCGGGAAAAUUCAUGUAGGAAUUCAACCAUAUGUAUCAAACAACCAACAUAGGGAAAAUUCCUUAGGAUUCUAAUCCUCUAAAUUUCCUAUAAGAAUCUUUUGAAUCAAAGGAGCCUUUAAAGAAAAACAACUAACUUUGUGUAAAGGUACUAGUUCUUCAGUUAAAAAAACAAGGUACCAGUGCGACCAGGCUACAUAGCGUAUUUUAUGGCCUUUUUCUCAAAAAAAAAAUGAACAUGUUUGUUGGUGUAGUUUGCUUGUUUUGAAAUAUGGAAUUUUGUAUGUUGUAUUAGUUGAUAGUUUAUAAUUUGCGCUAAUACGGAAAGAUGCUUAGUGUGAAUGGAAUGCUCGUUAACUCUGCAAUAGAAGAGGGGGAGGAGAGUACAGCAAGUGGUUGCAGGGUAAGCGUUUAACGGCAACAAUGGCAGGUUAGACACAUGGUUCACCGACCUCUCGACUAAACAAAAGAGCAGCGUGUUUGGAAUCGAGGCAAUUUGGGACUAAAUUAAAGUAGCUUCUGAGCUUAAGAACAGAGUACACUGCACAGCUUUUUUUCAGGUUCAGGCAUCAAAGAAAUGCAAGAGGGGUUUCUGAACAGUGGUUGCAGCAACAAAAAUAAAUUCUUGGCAAGGAAGGCGAUCGAAGAUCGUAGCAUGGAUGGCAUGUAGCCAUUUCCAGGAGCAGCAUUGAACCAAAUAAUUUCUUAGAAGAUUGUUUGGGCAUGAUAUCCUAACCUCUACUUGCAGACUUCAAUGAACAGAGCAGCAUGUUUGGUUGGUAAGUUUUCAAUUGUCAGCCUGCUUGGUCGUCCAAUAAUACAGUCUGUGUGAUCAAUGCCGAAGAUUGUUGUCGCGUAUUGGUGCCUGAUGAGAUCUUCGGGAUCUCUCUUUUGCCCGAAAAAUCAAGACCCAGAGACAGAUCAUUUGCAGCAACAAUGCUUGCAGGUAGGCAACUUCCCUGAAGCUUCUCAGUUUUGUGGUCCAGUGCUCCUGGGUAUAGGGAACACUUAUGUGGCAUGAGGAUUUUAUUAUAGCUGGAUAUAUCUUAGGCAAACUGACUUACCAAGGUCUGCCAGAAAGCAUUAGUUCCAGGAGCAAGGAUCAUUAUUUUGUGUGCAAUCGCUAUGUAUCAUUAACAAGAAUGCAAGUGCAGUUUGCAAAACUGAUUGGUUAAAUUUCUAGGUACGAGGAUAGUUUCCAAAAUAUUGCACGAAAAAUAAUGCAAGUACAAAAUUACCCCCAAAACACUCGUGACAAUGCUGCCAAUUUUCUGAGUAAAGAUUACUGAUGUAAUUCAGGAGUCACAAUUGGUACUACAUGUAGACUUUUAUUUGGUUGUGCGCACAUAGCCAUUUGAAAUUUUAACAGAGACACAUACACACCUCUAGGUCUCACCGGGAUAUUUCAGUGUGCAAAUUUAAAAAAUGCACACCCUUGAGAUGGCCUUGUGUGCGAAACCACUCAGAUAACUGAUCAAAUCGAAUGAAGCAAGAGCAAGAUGCCCCAAAUUAAGCAAUUAGAUUGGUAGUCAGAGACUCAUAUUCACGCUUCAUCGGCAUAUGUAGAUAAAACGAAAUGCCAGGGGCAACCUUCUUUUCUUGAGAUCAUUCACUUGUUGUGAUAGAGCAAAUACACAAGUAGUAAUAUUCCAACACCUGGCACGUCAGCACAUGUACAACCUUGCCAUUGCAGGACUUAGGAGCACCAUACCACACAGAAACUUCCAUCUGAACCAACCGUCAGCAACAUCUAUCUGAACCUCUGAACUACCCUAUGUCAUGUACUAGUAUGUACUUGCACAUCAAAGAAUUUGUCAAGCCUAAGCUAUAAAGAAGAGG